AAAAAAGGAAAAAAACAAGACAGUGGAAUGCAAGAAUAUAAAACGCAUCAAAGAUUCGUUUCUGUACGCGACGCCCCGACCUCGAUGUUCACCUCGGUUCUUCUCCACCCUCCGAUCGCUCUCUCUCUCUACAAAGUUUAUUCCGAAUUUUGAUUCUGCUCUCAGAUUAGAUCCCAUAAUUUUUCAUUGUCACAAAUCAAAACGCCAUUCUCUAUAUAUUCCCCCUCGAACUGUUUUCCCUCUCACACCCCCUAAACUCAAAACUCUCCAACACAAAAUCAAAAAACAAAUAAAAAAAAUAAAAAAAAAACCCCUCACAGAAACUUGUUUCAAUGCAAUUCAACCAGAAAAUGGGGUUACGUGAGUACAUCGAAGCAUUGGAGGAAGAAAGGAGAAAAAUCCAAGUUUUCACCAAGGAGCUUCCUCUGUCGUUGGAGCUUGUAACGCAAGCCAUUGAAGCGUGUAGGCAGCAAUUGUCAGGAACGGUUGCGGAGUACAAUUUGAAUGGGCAAUCGGAGUGUUCGGAGCAGACAUCAAUGGGUGAAGGACCUGUUUUUGAGGAGUUCAUUCCUUUAAAGAAAAGGGUAUCUCAAGAUUCUGUUGAACAAGAAGAUGAAGAUCAUGAUGAAGAUGAAGAUGAAGAUGAAGAUGAUGAACAACAUUCUCAUAGCCCCAAGAACACUGAUAGAAAGAAAUCAGAUUGGCUCAGAUCCGUUCAGUUGUGGAAUCCCAAUCCCCCUCCUACCAAAGAGGAUGUGCCUAGGAAAACAAAUGUUGUGGAAGUGAAGAGAAACUGUGGAGCUUUUCAACCUUUUCAUAGAGAGGAAAAAAGUGGUGUUGCAAAGGCUAAUGCAUCAACAAAUGGUAAAGCACCCUCUUCACCACCAGUGCCUGCCACAAGUUCUACAGGACCAGUGAGAGUAGAGAGCAAAAGAGAGGAGAAAUCACAGACUCAGAGGAAGCCACGCAGGUGCUGGUCACAGGAAUUGCACAAGCGAUUCUUGCAUGCCCUUCAGCAACUUGGUGGUGCAGAUUCUGCCACGCCAAAACAGAUCAGGGAGCAAAUGAAGGUUGAUGGCCUCACCAAUGAUGAGGUCAAAAGCCAUUUGCAGAAAUUUCGUUUGCACACGAGAAGAAGCCCUAUACACAACAAUGGUAGUUCACAUGGAGCUCCAUUGUUUCUUGUUGGGAACAUUUUUGUGCAGCCACCAGAAUAUGGCACCUCAACAGCAUCUGGAGGGGAAUUGACCACAGUUACUCCUCCAACUGGAAUAUAUGCUCCUGUGGCUACACACCCUCCACCAAUCAUGAAGCAAUUAGAUGUGUCUCAGCAUUCACAGUUACACUCUGAAGAAAGGGCUAAUCACAGUUUUCAUUCAAACUCACCUGCCUCAUCAUCCUCCACACACACCAUCACAACAACAACUUCACCUGCUCCUUGAUUUUUCACAUGCUGUAAAAAAAUUUUGUAACCAUGUUCUAGUACAAAGUCUAUACAUGUCAUAUUGUUAUUCUCUCA